AUGGGGUGGCAGGGCCGGGGGCAGACCAGAACAAAGCAGCAGAAUGGAAGGGCCGCAACGGGGUGGCAGGGCCGGGGGUUGGGGAGCUUGGACGAGGCACCUUUUGUUCUUCGGUCGAUGUUGAGGAGGCUAGCUUUUGUUCACGGUCGUGGAGAGCUCGAGAGGGGGGGUGAAGACGAGGAAGACGAGGAAGACGAGGAAGAUGAGGAGGGGGGGCAGGGGGGGGGCACGGCCUCAUCAGAUGACGACGAUCUUUUCAACCGUUGUUAUCGACAAACAAUCAUGAUCCUUCUUUGGAUUUUCGGAUCUUACAUGGCACCAACUUUGACACCGACGUUUUAUUUAUGA